AUGGCCAAGCGAAGAUCAGAAGAGCCACUAGACUCUGUUGCGAUCGCGUCGCCAGCUAAUAAGAAGGCGAGGGUGGAAGAAGUUGUCGACGAGGCACUCCCCAUUCCUCCACCACCUCCGCCAGACUACGAGACCACGCAGGGCCACAGCGCUGAAAACGAGGAUGCUGACACCGACGAGGAUGAGGGGACCGGUGGUGAAGACGUCGCUGGCGGCGCGGCUCUCCGACAGAAUGCGCCGCUCGAGGGUUACAGCGACCUGUACCUCGACACAAUCAACCGAUCAGUACUGGACUUCGACUUCGAAAAGUUAUGCUCGGUGACACUGUCCAACAUCAACGUGUAUGCAUGUUUAGUCUGCGGCAAAUACUUCCAAGGACGAGGUCCGAAGUCACAUGCAUACUUCCACGCGCUCGAAGUUGACCAUCAUGUCUACAUCAAUAUGGAGACGAAGAAGGUCUAUGUCCUGCCGGAAGGCUACGAGGUGCACAACAAGAGUUUAGAGGACAUCAAGUACGUCGUGGACCCAAAAUUCGACGAAGAGGAGGUCCGAAAACUGGACAAGGUGCCCAAGGAAGCUGUUGAGCUGUCCAACAAAAGGUACCGGCCAGGAUACAUUGGUAUGAACAACAUAAAAGCGAACGACUACCUGAACGUCGUCGUACAAGCGCUCUCACACGUCGCGCCCUUGCGAAACUUCUUUCUGCUAAACAAAUUUUCACCAACAUCACCGCAACUACCGGUCAGGUUCAGCACGAUGGUACGGAAGAUAUGGAAUCCAAAAGCAUUCAGAAAUCAUGUCUCCCCACAUGAACUACUACAGGAGAUUGCCUUACGGUCAUCAAAGAAGUUCACACUCACACAACAAUCAGACCCGGUCGAAUUCCUGUCCUGGUUCCUGAACAACCUUCAUCUCACAUUAGGCGGGUCCAAGACGAAGCCGAUGUCCUCGAUAAUACAACUGGCAUUCCAAGGGAAGCUACGGCUCGAAUCGCAGGCCAUCACAGCAAAAUCGGAUGCUACAGGCGAUCGAUUGCGAUUCGAGGAGUCCUCCAACAUCUCCAUCAACACCACUCCAUACAUGAUCUUGACACUAGAUCUGCCACCCACGCCGCUCUUCAGAGACGCGGUAGAGGACAAGAACAUCAUCCCACAUGUUCCGUUGACAUCUUUGCUGCAGAAGUACAACGGGAUACAAGCGUCCGAGCGACAGGCACAUCGCGUCCGCCAUCGAUUAUUGCACCCACUUCCGCCGUUCCUAAUGUUCCACAUAAAGCGCUUCAGCAUCAACAAAUUCGUGUCGGAGCGGAAUCCCACGAUUGUGACGUUUCCGUCUCCCAUCGGGCUGGAUAUGUCGCCUUUCGUCGAGCCGAAUCCGUCCAUCUAUCCUCCAGGAGAGCCUAUAUACUACGAGCUGGUGGCGAAUAUCAUCCUCGACACGAUCAAUGUCGCGACUGGAGGAGGUGAGGAUUCGAAUGCUGCGGAUGCUGCGAACAAGGCGGUGGGUGGUGAAGGCGACAAAGUCGCGUGGAAGGUCCAACUUCGGGAUAAGGCUGUAGCCAACUCACAGCGGAGUGACCUGCCGGAGUGGGUAGAGAUUCAGGAUCUGUUUGUCGAACGAGCUGAGGCGGAGACAUUAUUCACUCGAGAAGGGUAUCUGAUGAUCUGGGAGAGGAGGAAGGAGAAGUCGAAAGGUGCGAAUGGCACGACGAAUGGAGUGGGCAAUGGAAAGGCGAGGGCAUAG